GUCCUCCGGUUGGUCUGUUUACAACUGAAGUCGCGUUUCUCACCACAUUUGGAGACCUCCACAAGUAAAGGGCGGGAAAGUAUGCCAACCAGCUCCGUAAACCCUUAACAAGGGUGGAGAAAGAACAAGUGAACUGCUCUCUUCAAAGUCUCAUGCUUAAUUUCUCCAAUCGCUUCGGAACAAUUCCCAAUCUCCGGAAUCCCAGCAUCUUGGGUUCUAUCAAAUUGGUGGUCAAUUUGAGUUUUAGUCAGAGAACCCUAACAUUGUCGGCAAUGUCAUCGACAAAAAUCGUGGCGGAGUACGCGAAAUCAGGCCGUUCGUCGUGUAAGAAGUGCUCGAAAGCCAUUGCUUCGAGCUCUCUGAGGUUGGGUUUGGUGAGUAAAGAUCCCAGAGGUUUUGACAUGACGAAAUGGCACCAUUUGGAUUGCUUUCCUUUUAACAAUUCCGAUUCGGUUUCAUCGGCCGAGGCCAUCGCAGGAUUCUCAUCCCUCAAGAGUAUUGAUCAAGAGUCCGUGAAGAAAUUAAUGAAUGAAGUUGCUCAGAUUUCAGAGCAGGUCUGUAGAACUGAUGAGAAGGAGAGUAAGGAUACUAAGCAAGGAAGCAUGAAAAAACGUAAGCUGUCCGCAUCUGAGGAAGGAGGAAACCUGGAGCUGGAGGUAGCCAUAUCUGCAUCUGAUAUCAAAGACAAGUAUAAGGAUGCUGUGUUGUCACCAAAAUGGAAGGCGUUCCAGACAAUCAUAUUUCUCGAACGGGAUGAUGGUCUUCGUGAUUCCAAAAAAAUUGCAGCCUUUGAUUUUGAUGGUUGUCUUGCAAAGACAUCUGUGAAAAGAGUGGGAGCGGAUGCUUGGUCCCUUAUGUACCCUUCUAUACCAGAGAAACUCCAGAGUCUGUAUAAUGAUGGCUACAAGCUGGUUAUUUUUACCAAUGAAUCCAAUAUUGAGCGCUGGAAGAAUAAAAGACAGGCUGCUGUAGAUUCCAAAAUUGGACGGCUUGAGAAUUUCAUUAAGCUUGUGAAGGUUCCCAUUCAGGUUUUCAUUGCUUGUGGGCUGAGUUCUGGUAAACCAGAGGAUCCCUUUCGCAAGCCGAAACCUGGGAUGUGGAAAAUUAUGGAGAUGGAAUUCAACUCUGGUCUCAAAGUUGACAUGGAUCAAUCCUUUUAUGUUGGUGAUGCGGCUGGAAGACCAGACGAUCAUAGUGAUGCUGACAUAAAAUUUGCACAGGCUAUUGGACUAAAAUUUUACGUUCCUGAAGAGUACUUCAUCAGUUCAGAUUAGUAUUUUGGAUUCAAUUUCAAUAUGUCGGAGAUCUGGUUAUCACUUUCUAUGCCGGUGGUAGCAGAUGUCAGGAGAGAUGCUGAAUUUUUAUUGCAAUGCAUUCACAUCCUUCACUCCAUAUCAGGACGCUUGAUUCACUUUCAUACAUGUAAAUUAUCUUAUCUCCCCCGCCACCCACCCAUCCAUCCAGAGGAGUUAACCUGUGGUAGUAGAUUCAGAUACAUGAAUGAUUAUAAUUAUCUCAUAUCUCAGUUUGUGCAUUAACACAGGGAGAAUCCAUUGCUAACCACAAGGAAAAGUUGGGAGAAAAAAGGUGUGUUAGGU